AGAGGGGUGUGUUGUCUAUAUCUUGUGAAAGUAGUUUAGUGUAAUAUUUUACUGUAGUUGGUUUGCUACUUUGUGGAAGCGUGUAUUUCUUUCGAGUUUUCUGUUCAUGUCUGGUUGUAUAUAAAUUCUUUAGAAAAUGAAGGAGUCAGAAACAGAGACUGUUUCCCAGGAUACCAGCAUAAUGGAAACUGCUUCGGAGUCUGGAAAUGAAGAUUGUUGUUGUUGCCGUUUAGCCAUCUGCAAUCCAAGAAAAUCGGUACACAAAUACUUUGUUUUAAUUUUUAUGUGUUUCAUCGGCUUUGGAAGUUAUUUCUGCUAUGACAAUCCAGGAGCUCUACAAAAUGAAAUAAUGAAAGACAUGAGAAUAUCUACAUCAGAAUUUACAUACCUUUAUGCUUGGUAUUCUUGGCCAAAUGUUAUACUUUGCUUUUUUGGAGGCUUUUUGAUUGACAGAAUUUUCGGCAUUAGGUUAGGGGCAAUCAUUUUUAGUUUGAUAAUUUUAGUUGGUCAGUUAGUAUUUGCUUUAGGGGCUAUGAUUGAUAAAUUUUGGUUAAUGGAACUGGGAAGGUUUAUAUUUGGCAUUGGUGGAGAAUCUCUCGCUGUGGCCCAGAAUACAUAUGCUGUAAGUUGGUUCAAAGGCAAAGAACUAAAUAUGGUAUUUGGUAUACAACUGAGUUUUGCUCGAGUUGGUAGUGCUGUCAAUUUCAAUGUUACACCAACAGUUUAUUCGAAAAUGAGCCAAUAUUUUUAUGGAUAUGAAGUUUUAGGUAUCACACUUUUCAUAGUUUCUUUAACUUGUGUUUUAUCCCUUGUAGCAUCUCUAAUUAUGGGAUUUUAUGACUGGAGAGCUGAAAAGAUAUUGAAUAAAGCUGCAGGACAGACAGGUGAAGUUGUGCAGUUUAGAGAUAUAAAAGAUUUUCCUGCUUCAUUCUGGUUAAUCACAUUAAUUUGCGUUGCAUACUAUGCUGCUAUUUUCCCAUUCAUUGCCCUUGGUAGUGUAUUUUUCUCACGAAAGUAUGAUAUGGAUCAAAGUGAGGCAAACCUUCUUGACAGUAUUGUUUAUUAUAUAUCUGCAGUUGCCUCUCCUUUGUUAGGUUUACUGGUGGACAAAACAGGACGUAAUCUUACAUGGGUGUUUGUUGCUGUAUUCCUGACACUGUUUUGCCAUGUUGCUUUAGGAUUCACAUUCAUCACUCCUUGGAUUCCAAUGGUUCUUAUGGGAGUCACAUAUUCUCUUUUGGCCUGUGGCUUAUGGCCUAUGGUUGCACUUGAAGUUCCUGAGCAUCAGUUAGGAACAGCGUAUGGUAUCAUGCAGUCUGUUCAGAAUCUUGGAUUAGCAGUUGUUGCUAUAGCAGCUGGUGCUAUUGUAGAUUACAAAGGUUACAUAUUCCUUGAAAUCUUUUUUAUAUAUUUCUUAAUUGCAGCUGUUAUAGCAACAAUAUUGCUCUUCUUACUGGAUUAUAGUAGAGGAGGUGCUUUGAAUUUGUCUAUAAAUGACAGGAGAGAAAAAGAAGAAGAAUUGAGAAAAGCCGAACUGCUUGAAAAUGAAAGAAUACUGGCAUCAGGAUCAAUGGCUGAUGUUACUCCUCACGACUUAUUACAACCGCGUUCAGAUUUUUAUAUCCGCAACAGAUAUUUGUGUAGAAUUGGUGCAAAAUUGCCGUCUCACUACGAUAUUACAACUUGUGCUCUUAUACACAGAACUGGACUUAAAUAAUAAAUUCAUAAUUUUAGUAUUAAUGUAAAGUUACUUAAAGUGAUAUCAUGUAUUGUGUUAAAAUGAAAAUUUGGUGCUAUUGAACUGAACAUGUUGUUUACAGAUGAAGCGACAUUCAUUAUAGAAUUCCAUCCAUCUUAUCAACGAUGCUAAUCUUGCUUUUGAUACAUAAAUUAUCUGAUCCAUCUUAUUUAACUACUUUUAAUACAUAACUUAUUAUGAAAGAUCUGUUAUAUUUUGUGCUUAUGAGAAAUUUUUGUGUGAAUGUUGUAUAGAAAUGUGUGUCUCUUAUAUAUAUAUAUAAGAUUUUCUCAAAGUUGUACAUAUUGCUAUUUAUAAAUGAUUUUGAUUUAAUGUUUUAAGUUCUUGUAAUAUCAAAAGUUUUCUCAUUUAAAAUAUUCAGAUUUCAUAAAAAAUUAUAUGAAUAUUUUAACAUGUUUAUUUUGAAUAUAAUUUAUAGUAGCAAUUACAUGCUCCAAGUAUAUUUGUUAUAAAUGUAUUUGAAAUAUAUUUCCUGUGUAUAUUAAGAAAAUAUAUUUCCUGCGAGAGAGUACAACAUAAAUUUUGUUUUGAUAAUAUCCCCUGCAAUUUAUAUCAUCCUGUAACAGUUAAAGAUUAAAUUAUAUAUAUUUACAAUUU